UUCGUCAUCGACGGGAAAGGCACUGCUUGCUACUUUGUUCAACAGAAGCAAACACGAAAGGGGGAACGUGGAUGACUUUGACUGAGUCUACGAGGAAGCAGCGGGAAACGACGACAGAAAGAAGAGGUUUCAUCCAUUUCAGUAGGAGGUUUGCAGAAACGAACCCGUAGGAUUUACUGGUUUAAGGGUCUUAGGAGAUGAAGAGGGAAGUUAGUGCUGGUGUGGACUUCCUGAAACGCUUGGCCAUGGAGCGAGGAGGUGUCAACGAAGCCAAGGCCAGACUGUUUGCCGAGAAACUGCACGAGCUUCUCUGUGAAAAGUAUGCACAUCACUGGUACCCCAACAAUCCCAGCAAGGGACAGGCCUACAGAUGCCUCAGGAUGAACCAGGGUGUCCCAUGCGAUGACUCAGUGGUCCGAGCUUGUGAAGUGAGUGAGCUGAAGCCAUCCGAGCUGGGACUCCCUCGUGAGCUCACACUAUGGAUUGAUCCCCUGGAGGUGUCUGCACGGUCGGGGGAAAACUGCAGAUAUUUCACAGUGGCACGCUUCAGUGAGGUAGAGGAGAACACAGAGAAGGAGCCCAGCGUGCACCGAGAAAGCUUAGACCUGGCAAUGCUGGACACGUCGGAUUACCACUCGGCCAGCUCCUCGGACUGCGGCUCGGCCGUGUCCAGCGAUGCAGAGGACGAGGCGAGAGAGGGAGAGGUGGAGAAAGCGAAGGAGGGAAGAAAGGGGCAGGACAAAGCAUUCGUGAUUGCAAUGAGGCCCAGGACAAGAGAGCCAAAACCACGGAAAGUCCCCAGGUCUCAGCUGGCGAGCCUGCAGUGCCUCUAUCAGCCCACGGCGCUCUGGCCACAGAAGAAGGGUCCUGUGGUGCUGACAGCCAUGUGUGGCGCCCCACCAGCGCCUGUGCUUGGCUACUACGUCCUCCCCAGGGCUCCGCCGCAGUUCAUCCUUCCCCAGGCCACCCUGAAUCCCUGGGGAGCAGCCAAGGGAUAGAGGAUCCCCUGGGGGCGCUGGGCCGACCUGUUCGUCUCAUGCUUUUACAUCCAGAACCUUGUUUUUGUUCCGAUGGAAUGUAAUUUAUUGCUUGUUUGGAUUUUUGGUUUCGUUUUGUUUUAAUCAAGCUUGCCUGGGGCGUUUCUGAGACUAACACAAUGAUUUAAUAAUUAGUAAUGGUUUUUACUUUAUGUUUUUCCAUUUGAUCCAGAAUUGGAAGUUUGUCACUGACGCUUUUACUCAGCAAUAUUUAACCAAGCAUACAUUUAGUCUAAAUCUACUCUCCUGGGACCACCUGACUGGUGCAUAAAUCACAAUAAUAUGGCCAUUAUGUGAAGAACAUUAUUUUCCCCCUUUUUUACACUUUCUGACUCUCAGAACAUUUAAUAUGAAAUAGUAUUUAAUCAGGAAGGCUCUUAAUAAUAAUAAUAAUAAUAAUAAUAUGAUAUUUGGAUACUAUUUGGCAUAACUGGGUGCUUUUGCGUAAGUAGGAAAAAUAGAUUUCAAAAAACCAUUGCAAAAAUCAAAUGUCAAAUACCCAUGUCACCUUCCUGACUCAGGUAUGUCUGUCUGUAAUGUCAUCAAUGACUUGAAUGUUUUAUGCCAAAAUUUCUUUUGUAUUUCGCAAAUCCAAAGAGUGUUGUGUAGGUUGUACUAGAAGUGCUGGGAUCUUUGUAUAAAACCGGUGGUAAUUCACCAUAAUUUGCAGCUCACUGUGAUAACUCACGAUCUCUCAGGACGUUCACUUGACUGCAGUAAUACAAGCAAACCUCACGUUACUUAAUGAAUCUUUUAAAGGCUUUAUCACUGUUUCCUGAACUAAUCUGUGUAAUUCAUUUCAUAGCCAGUAGGCGGCGCUAUACCCUGCGAAAAGCAGCGAGCUUUCUGCCACAUUUGGAAUUUUUUACAGCAGUUUGUUUCUGCAUGUUUGUGUUUUUGUUCUAUACAGUUUUAAGAACUGGGCAUUUCUUAAAACGCAUCAGAAUAAUUAAGACUAGAAUUUAUCAAAGGCUUCUUGUUUUCAUGAGUGAUCAUAAUCUGGCAGUGCACUUUACAAAUGUAAAUAGCAUUUGACACUGGAAUUGUAGCUUUACUUUGUUAUAAGUCUUGUAUUGUUUCCGUGGUUUCUUGCUUUUACUGACAAUUCUUAAUUGCCUUUUAAUGGUGGAAUUCUAUUUAUUUGUGGUUAUUCUUUUUUUACAAGGGGUGUUAACAAAUAUUUGUAAAUAUUUUUGCCUGUUUCCGUUUUGACUUUGAUUUGGAUUUUUUAUUACAUAUGCUGCUGUAUCCAUUGUGGUCCAUCAGUGUAUUUUUAUGAAAACGAUACUAAAUGUAGUGCUUAACGGAGCUCGUAUUUAUUAAAGAAAUCUAUUCACGA